AUGCCUUCUCGACAAGAAGUUGCCUACUUCGGAGCCGGCCCCGCUCCCCUACCAACCUCAGUCGUCGAGGCCGGCGGCAAGGCUUUCGUGAACUACAACGACUGCGGCCUCGGACUCGGCGAGAUCUCGCACCGCUCUCCAACCGCCAACAAAAUCCUCGCUGACGCAAAGGCAAACCUCUCCACCCUCCUCGAUAUCCCCGACAACUAUGAGGUCCUCUUCAUGCAGGCCGGCGGAAGCGGCGAGUUCAGCGCCGUCGUGCAAAACCUAGUCUCCGUCUGGAUCGAGCGCCGACGCCGCCGCGCCGAGGCCGAUAUCCUGAAAGCCAACCCUGGUGCUGAGAAGGAGCAGAUCGAUGAACAGGUCUUCCAGAGACUGGCGAAGGAAGUGGACGAGGAACUGAAGCUCGAUUACCUUGUUACGGGAUCCUGGUCGCUUAAGGCUUCGCAGGAGGCUGCUCGUCUUGUUGGCUCCAAGUAUGUCAAUGUUGCUCUGGAUGCGCGCAAGGCCAAUAAUGGCAAGUUUGGCAAGAUCCCGACUGAGGAUACUUGGUCCUUGACUCCCACCAAGCGUGAGGGUGGUAAGGGUUCUGCCUUCGUCUACUUCUGUGACAAUGAGACUGUUGAUGGUGUCGAGUUUCAGAGCUUCCCGAAGUCGCUGGAGGCGCAGGGUCAGGACGAGGAGGAUGAGCGUCUUGUUAUUGCGGACAUGAGCUCCAACUUUAUCAGCCGGAAGGUUGAUGUUAGCAAAUAUGCUGUCAUUUUCGGCGGCGCUCAAAAGAACAUCGGUGUUACCGGUAUCACCAUCGCCAUCGUCCGCAAGGACCUACUCCCCCCCUCAAACCGCGACUCCUCCCCCGCCCUCCUACACCGUCUGAACAUUGGCGGUCUCCCCGGCCCUGUCGUGCUCGACUACGCCACCAUCGCCAAGAACAACUCCCUCUACAACACCCUCCCCAUCUUCAACCUCUGGAUCGCAGGCCAAGUCAUGGCCGACCUUGUCUCCGAAUUCGGCGCCCAAAAGGUCACUGGACAAGAGCAGGUCGCUGACAAGAAGGCGGCGCUCAUCUACGGUGCUCUGGACAAGUACCCGGAAGCUUACCAGGUUGUGCCGGACAAGAGCGUUCGCAGCCGUAUGAACAUCUGCUUCCGCGUUUACAGCGGCGACGAUGCGAAGGAGAAGGAGUUCCUUGCUGGUGCUGAGAAGCGCCUUCUUCAGGGACUUAAGGGUCACCGUAGUGUUGGCGGUAUGCGUGCUAGCAACUACAACGCUGUUCCGUUGGAGAAUGUGCAGAAGUUGGUGCAGUAUUUGGAGGAUUUUGCUACUGGGCAGUAG